CUGAGACCACGGUCACAUUGACCGAAGAGUAUACAGCGCCUGAGACUGUGACAGCCACAUCCGACGAGAUUCCUAUGAUUGAGGUCGUCAAACCGAAGAAAAAGAAGAUUAAGAUCAUCAAAAAGAAGGGAACAGAUACUGACCAUAUUGUCCAGAAGCUACUGAAUUUGGAAGUCACAAGCACUGAACCGGAACAAUACCAACAACUCGAUGAGGAUGCUCCCACUAUACCCAUCAUGCUUCAAUCUGCGGUGGAAGCUCUAGAAAUCGAAGAGCUUCCAGAAGAGGUCAAGGUGACUGAAGUCAUCACCAAAACUGGUCAAUCUAAACAGCAGAUCACCAAAAAGAAAACCAUCAAGAAACGCGUCGGCCAGAAGGAGGAACACAUUGAAGUAGUCACUGUUCAGCAAGACGACAUGGCUCCAGAAACUACCAUCACUGUCACCGAAGAGGAAGCUUCCGAUUCCAAGCCAGUGGAUGACAAACCUAAGCCCAAGAAGAAGAAGGUAAAGACCAUCAAGACCACCGACGAUUCUGAUGAUAUCAUUGAGCGACUCCUUAAUCUCGAAGUACAUAAAACUGAACUGGAACAGUACGAGAAAAUCGACGUUGAUCUGCAGAAGCGCAUGGGUCCUGUGGAGGAAACAACGAUCGAGGAACAUCCUGAAGUCGUCGAAGAAGUCAGAUCUGACUCAGGCAUAAUCAAGAAGAAGGUCGUCAAGAAGAAGAUCAUCAAGAAACGAGUCGGACCCAAGGAAGAGGUUACUGAGGAAGUUACCAUACAAGAAGAUGGCAAGCAGCCUGAAACAACCGUCACGAUCAGCGAGCAUGAGGUACCUUACGAGGUUACAGAGCCUUUCGAAGAAGAACUUAAGCCCCUCGAAGCUGUUGUGGAUGAGUAUCCCGAGCCGAUGGAAGCUACACUCAAAACGAAGAGUACCAAGAUUGUCAAGAAAAAGGUUAAAAAGCUCAAGCAAGGUGAGGCCGUUAGCGAAGAAGCUCCUCAGGAAGAGGUUGACGAUCUGAUCCUCGCACAGGCUCCCUUGGAACAACCAACUAUCGAGGAGCUUCCAGAACAUGUUGAGGUCGUUGAGAUCAUCACCAAGGAAGGAAAGCCCAAGAAGCAAGUCACCAAAACCAAGAUCAUCAAGAAGAAGACGACUGGCAAGGUCGAGGAGGUGAAGAUUGUGACAGUGCAAGAGGACAACCAGGUGCCUGAGACCACGGUCACAAUGACCGAAGAGGAUACAGCGCCUGAGACUGUGACAACUACAUCCGACGAGAUUCCUAUGAUUGAAGUCGUCAAACCGAAGAAAAAGAAGGUUAAGAUCAUCAAAAAGAAGGGAACAGAUACUGACCAUAUUGUCCAGAAGCUACUCAAUUUGGAAGUCACAAGCACUGAAACGGAGCAAUAUCAAGAACUCGAUGAGGAUGCUCCCACUAUACCCAUCAUGCUUCAAUCUGCGGUGGAAGCUCUAGAAAUCGAAGAGCUUCCAGAAGAGGUCAAGGUGACUGAAGUCAUCACCAAAACUGGUCAAUCUAAACAGCAGAUCACCAAAAAGAAAACCAUCAAGAAACGCGUCGGCCAGAAGGAGGAACACAUUGAAGUAGUCACUGUUCAGCAAGACGACAUGGCUCCAGAAACUACCAUCACUGUCACCGAAGAGGAAGCUCCCGAUUCCAAGCCAGUGGAUGACAAACCUAAGCCCAAGAAGAAGAAGGUAAAGACCAUCAAGACCACCGACGAUUCUGAUGAUAUCAUUGAGCGCCUCCUUAAUCUCGAAGUACAUAAAACUGAACUGGAACAGUACGAGAAAAUCGACGUUGAUCUGCAGAAGCGCAUGCGUCCUGUGGAGGAAACAACGAUUGAGGAACAUCCUGAAGUCGUCGAAGAAGUCAGAUCUGACUCAGGCGUAAUCAAGAAGAAGGUCGUCAAGAAGAAGAUCAUCAAGAAACGAGUCGGACCCAAGGAAGAGGUUACUGAGGAAGUUACCAUACAAGAAGAUGGCAAGCAGCCUGAAACAACCGUCACGAUCAGCGAGCAUGAGGUACCUUACGAGGUUACAGAGCCUUUCGAAGAAGAACUUAAGCCCCUCGAAGCUGUUGUGGAUGAGUAUCCCGAGCCGAUGGAAGCUACACUCAAAACGAAGAGUACCAAGAUUGUCAAGAAAAAGGUUAAAAAGCUCAAGCAAGGUGAGGCCGUUAGCGAAGAAGCUCCUCAGGAAGAGGUUGACGACUUGAUCCUCGCACAGGCUCCCUUGGAACAACCAACUAUCGAGGAGCUUCCAGAACAUGUUGAGGUCGUUGAGAUCAUCACCAAGGAAGGAAAGCCCAAGAAGCAAGUCACCAAAACCAAGAUCAUCAAGAAGAAGACGACUGGCAAGGUCGAGGAGGUGAAGAUUGUGACAGUGCAAGAGGACAACCAGGUGCCUGAGACCACGGUCACAAUGACCGAAGAGGAUACAGCGCCUGAGACUGUGACAGCUACAUCCGACGAGAUUCCUAUGAUUGAAGACGUCAAACCGAAGAAAAAGAAGGUUAAGACCAUCAAAAAGAAAGGCAAUGAUACAAAUGAUAUAGUCCAAGAACUUCUCCGUUUAGUCGAAUUGGAAUCUGAAACUGAAACGUACCUUCAGCCUUUUAUCGAAGAGAUUGAGGAGCCUUUGUCAGCUACUAGUGAGCAUCCGAAAGAAAUCAAACCAACACAAAAAGGCAAACCAAAGAAGCAGACACACACAACCACUUCACAGCUUGACACACAAGACACACAUUCACAAUCAUGUAUUCUACCACAAACUCAGGAUGCUGAUACUCACGAACACACAUCUCCUGAAUACAUCACCACAUUUGAAACAUGUACAGACAACAGCCAGACAUUCAUAAAGUCCCGAAACAUUAAAAUCAUUAAGGAACAUGGCGCAGUAAUCGAAGAAACAUUCGAUGAUGGCGAUACUCGAACUAUAUCUCAUAUGCCGUCAGAAGUUCUGAUUGAGGAAAUUGAAGAAUCUGCACCAUCACUCCACACCACACAACUCGAAGAAACACCUCAAAUCGUACAGGAAGUCGCCACAAAACAUAAACCCAAGAAGAAACAAACACAAACACAAGCAGACGAACAAUUCGAUUCUGUAACAAUAGAGCAAGCUCAACUGAUUCCGGAAGAAACAGAACAUACGGCUGAAAUAUGUACCGUAGUCUCCAAAAAGGCAAAAUCCAAAAAGUCCAAAGUUACUGUUAUUCAAGGGGUCACUGAAUCUGUUGUUGCUGAAGACGACGACGAACUCCCCCUAUCAGCUCAGCUCAUACCGGUUCAUGAGCAAGCUAUUAUUCUUUCCGAGCUUCCUGAGCAGGUAUCCGUUCAAGAAGUAAUCACUAUGACGGGAGAAGCACGAAAACAGAUCACCAAAAAGAAAACCAUCAAGAAACGCGUCGGCCAGAAGGAGGAACACAUUGAAGUAGUCACUGUUCAGCAAGACGACAUGGCUCCAGAAACUACCAUCACUGUCACCGAAGAGGAAGCUCCCGAUUCCAAGCCAGUGGAUGACAAACCUAAGCCCAAGAAGAAGAAGGUAAAGACCAUCAAGACCACCGACGAUUCUGAUGAUAUCAUUGAGCGACUCCUUAAUCUCGAAGUACAUAAAACUGAACUGGAACAGUACGAGAAAAUCGACGUUGAUCUGCAGAAGCGCAUGCGUCCUGUGGAGGAAACAACGAUCGAGGAACAUCCUGAAGUCGUCGAAGAAGUCAGAUCUGACUCAGGCGUAAUCAAGAAGAAGGUCGUCAAGAAGAAGAUCAUCAAGAAACGAGUCGGACCCAAGGAAGAGGUUACUGAGGAAGUUACCAUACAAGAAGAUGGCAAGCAGCCUGAAACAACCGUCACGAUCAGCGAGCAUGACGUACCUUACGAGGUUACAGAGCCUUUCGAAGAAGAACUUAAGCCCCUCGAAGCAGUUGUGGAUGAGUAUCCCGAGCCGAUGGAAGCUACACUCAAAACGAAGAGUACCAAGAUUGUCAAGAAAAAGGUUAAAAAGCUCAAGCAAGGUGAGGCCGUUAGCGAAGAAGCUCCUCAGGAAGAGGUUGACGACUUGAUCCUCGCACAGGCUCCCUUGGAACAACCAACUAUCGAGGAGCUUCCAGAACAUGUUGAGGUCGUUGAAAUUAUCACCAAGGAAGGAAAGCCCAAGAAGCAAGUCACCAAAACCAAGAUCAUCAAGAAGAAGACGACUGGCAAGGUCGAGGAGGUGAAGAUUGUGACAGUGCAAGAGGACAACCAGGUGCCUGAGACCACGGUCACAAUGACCGAAGAGGAUACAGCACCUGAGACUGUGACAGCUACAUCCGACGAGAUUCCUAUGAUUGAAGAUGUCAAACCGAAGAAAAAGAAGGUUAAGAUCAUCAAAAAGAAAGGAGAUGAUACCGAUGAUAUUAUUCAAAAGCUCCUCAAUUUGGAGGUGAAGAAAACUGAGCUGGAGAGAUACGAAAAAGUCGAUGUUGAAAUCAAAAGCAGCACUAAGCAAACUCAGGAAGUCAUUGUUGAAGAUCUUCCACAACUCGCAGAGAUUUCCGAUGUUCCUGUACAGAGCAUUGUAAAGAAAAUUACGAAAACGAAAUCUGUGAAAUCCAAGAAGCCACAAGAAGAUAUCCAAACAGUAUCUGUAGCAGCUAUCGAUGAACAUCCAGAGCCUCACGUUUCGGAACAGGCUGAACCGAUUAAUCAGCCUGAGGAAACAUUCGAGCAAGCUGAAGAAUUGCCUUAUGAAAUGCCACUGGAGCAAUUCCCUAUUGUUGAAGAGUUACCAGAAGAAAUAAUGGUUAAUGAGGUGGUUACACUUAGUGGCGAAGUAAAGAAACAAACCACAAAAAAACGCACUGUGAAGAAGACCACUGGAGACAAACAAGAACUUGUAGAAGUGGUUACGGUUGAAGAAGAAGGCCAUCAGCCCGAAACAACAAUCACUAUCAUUGAAUCAGAGGUUCGACCUGAAUCACCAAUUACUAUUGAGCAAAUAGAUACAGAACCGUCUGUCAAACAGAAGGAGCCCCGAAAGUUGAAAAAGAAAAAAGUUAAAACCAUCAAAACUACGGACGAGGUUGAUGAUAUCAUUGAGAGGUUACUCAAUCUCGAAGUAAAGAAGACUGAACUGGAACGUUAUGAACGAGUGGAGGUGGAACUAAAAAAGCGUCAUAAAUCGUUGAUUGAAGAAACCUUGGAAAGACCUGAAGCAGCAAUAGCUAUUUUGGAAAUGAUAGAGUCACCAAAACUUGAAACUGUUCGAAAAUCUUCGAUCACGCAGCCGAAGGAAACGGAAGAACUGAAAAAAAAAGUUAAGAAAAAGAAGCCGACAUCAACUGUUCAAAGCGCAGAAGAUCUUGUGCCACUCACGAUUGAACCUAUGGAAGCAACCGUAGUUCCGGAGGAAAUUACAUUCAUGGAAGGCACCUUAAAUCAACAACAAACGUCGCCGAUUGAAACGAUCACUAAAAAGAAAAUAAGUAAAAAAUCUCCGCGCAAAGAGGAACCUUUACCUACUACACAUUUAUCAACUGAAGAAUCUUCCUUAGCCCCAAGUGUUCCACAAUCAGUAGAAAUGUACAAUGAUGAGCUUACCGAAACCGAUAUCGUUCGGGAGAUCUCAGUAGUUGAGCCACAACCACAAGAAGCCUGCCUAGAACAGUUUGAUCAAUCAUUCUUAACAUACGAAGAAAAAUCGCUUAAGAAAUUACAAGAACAACAAACGAAACCAGUUCCAGAGACACAAAUCGAACUCAAGAAGACGGAAAAGAAAGCGAAGAAAAAACCUAAAAAAGAGCAACAUCCAGAAGAAGACGAACAGCUUCAACGUUUGUUGAACUUAGAGGUCGAAAAGACACAACUUGAGCAGUAUGAAAAAAUUGAACUUGAAGAUAAACCCAAACCAGAGAAACCUAAACCUGUAUUAGUGCCUCAAAAAAUUGAACGCAAAGAACAAAAAGCUCAAAAGAUGCAAAUUUCUGAGCCAGAGGAGCAACCCCAAAUGGUAAGGCUUCGAAAAGUCAAGGUACCAGAUCGCAAGGAAAUUGAGGAAGUUGUUGUACCCAAGGUUUUGCUCAAGAGUCGUAUUGUCGAUGUUCAGUAUCCACCAGAAGCGAUGAAACCAGUCAUUACAGAUCUGACACCAGUCAAAGCCAUAGGUCUAAUGUCGAGAAUAGAAGAAGAAGAAUCACCUGAUAAGCUUAAGAAGGUGAAGAAAAUAAGAACUAGCAAAAGCAAGAGGCUAGAAUUAGAAACACCAGAAACCAUGGAUUACGAAGACGAAAAGCCAGAAAAGGAAGAAUUUGAUCAAGAGGCACAUAAAUAUCAACGAAAACCUAAAGAAACGACUGAUGAUAAAACGGAGGAGAAAACGCUGAAGCUUGGUAAAGGUAAACUUCCAAAGGAAGAUGCUGAACUAGAGCAAGUUAAACUAAAGAAAACACCAAAGAAACCGAAAGAGGAUGAACCGGAAGAUCAAAAAUCUGUUUCUAAGCCGAAGCAAAAACCAACUGAACUCGAAAGCGAUGACAAACAGCGCCAUGUUGAAAAGCCGGAGUAUAAACCGAUUGAUAUACCUGACUAUAGCACAGAAAUGGAAGAAUAUAAAGCUCCUGAACCAACGCCUGACGAACCGGAGGAAGAGACAAAGAAAAAGCUCAAACCAAAGAGGCGUCCGAAAACCCCGGAUGACAAGGAAGACGAACUAAAACCUUUGGUUAUGGGCAAGGGUAAGCCUAAACCUGACGCUCCAGAAGACGAUGUUAAAUUCAGAAUUCCAGCUGGGAAAAAAGAGGACGAAGAACCAACAGAUAUCAAGUUGAAACCAUUCACUAAACCUACUUCCAAAGAGGAACAACCUGUUAAAGAAGCUGAUAGAGAAAUGGCGCUACCAGCUACCACUGACAAACCAGAAGAGCCAGAUGUUGAUCUUACUUCGCAACAGAAAGUGAAGAAAAUUAUUAAGAAAACUAAACCAAAACAAAAAUCAGACAGUCAGGAACGUACAGAGGAGCCAGUUGAGGAAACAAUGCCACAACCGGUGUCUGAUGUCGCGGAAGAUGUUCCCGAUAUCGUCCAUGCUGUCGUACCUAAAACAAUCACGGAUGAUGAGUUCCAAAAACCGGAAGAAUUGGAUCUGACACCACAGCCACAGGUUGACUUCGUAAUAGAACAGCUUCCCGAAGAGGUCAAAGUGACGCAAGUGAUAACAUCAACUGGUGCAGUUGAACAGCAAACAGUCAAAAAGCGCAUUAUCAAAAAGAAGAAAGAUGACAAGGAAGAGCUCAUUGAGAUAGUCACCGUACAGAAAGGUGACGAUAUUCCCGAAGCAACAGUAACAGUGACACAAGUGACCCCAGAAGACAGUACAACGCAACCGGAAAGUGCCAAACGUAAAGUUCGUAUCAAGAAAAUAAUUAAACCGGACACGCUGGAUGCUGACAUUGAGCGAUUGCUCAAUCAGGAAAUUUCGAAAACCGAACUCGAGGUUUACGAGAAGACAGAUUUUGAGCCAACCAAGCGUGUCAAGGAACAACCAGUGGAAGAACCUGUACUUCAAACAGCUGAAUCGGAAAUUUCAUCGCCUGUUGUACCGCAGAAGACAAAGGUUAAAACCAAAGCAAAGAAACAACACCAAGUCACCCCAUUACAAGCAAUACCUACAGAAUCAUUAGCUCCACUCGAACCAGCCAUUGGACACGAAGCUACCGAACAAACACUCGAUACCACACACACUGAAGACAGGCGGCCGAUCAGUGCAGACACUGUUGAUUUGCAGGAGGACACGUUCGAAACGAACGAGUUUGUUGAAACCGAAACCUUGGGGGAUGUUGUACAACCGAUCGACGUACCGGAAGCAGUCCUGGAGAAGCCCGAGGUAUCACUAAAGCCUCAGGUUACAGCAGCCCCCUACGAACAGGUACUGGACGAAACAGUGGAACAGACGGACGUUGUAGCCGCAGAUCUUCCGCAACAUGAGCAAGCGGCUGCAUCCGAAAUUCCGUCAGUCGUAACGGAAACACCAAUCGUGAGUAAACCUAUUCUUGAAGCAGCUCCAAUCGAAGAAGUUCUUGAACAACAGGUUGAAGAAACGGGUAACGUGCCUUCAUUGGAGCUGGAUACCGUCCAGGUAGCACCAAACGAUGUAUCCGAACAUGCAACCGAAAUUCCUACGGUGCAAGGCAAGCCGCUACUGGAAGCUGCCCCCAUGGAUGAUCAGUUUGAUGUAUCCGUCGAGGAAGCCGAUACCGUCGCAUCGCUGACAUUGAAUGAGGAACACCUGACACCAGUUGAUGUAACGGUGGGUGCGACCGAAGUACCUUCCGUACAGAGCAAACCGACAAUUGCAGCAGCCCCAUCCGAAUCACUUCUGGAGCAACCCGUGGAAGAGACCUCAGCAGUGCAGGAACCCCAACUGGAGACGGAAAAGCUUGUCCCUGUGGAAGAACAGCGCGCCGAGCCAACGGAGGAAGCGCAGCUUCAACCUGCAGCCACCAUUGAAACUGCCCCGGCCGAAGCCCCGAAGAAGGUGGUUAAGAAGGUAACGAAAGUGGCAAAGAAAACCAAAAAGUCCAUCGAUGAUGACGAGGAACUACAGCGCUUGCUGAAUCUGGAGGUAGAGAAAACAGAGCUGGAGCAGUACGAGAAGAUUGAUGUGGACGGCAAGCCGAAGGUUAAACCGGAAAAGGGUGAGAUUGUUAAGCUAGAGCCUAUUAAAAUCGAACGUAAGGAACAGAAACCGAUUAAACCAGAAAUCACUGACACACAAGAACCACAAACAGUUAAACUGCGCAAAACCGUUGUACCAGAGAAGCGGGAAGUGGAGGAAGUCGCUAUACCAAAGGUACUGCUCAAGAGCCGUAUCGAACAUGUGGAGUUCUCCGUGCAGGGACAGCAGCCUGAGAUCGUGCAGCUAGACACCCGACCGGGCGUAGGUACGUUGUCGCGCACCGAAGAGGACGAAGUGGAGCGUACGAAGAAGGUAAUAAAGAAGGUGAAAGUUAUUAAGAAGGAAAAGCCCGAAGUGGAAACGCUGGACAUUGAAAAGUACGAAAAGGAACCAAAAGAAGAAGUGCCGAAGGACGAAGAAAAGUCACAAUACCAACGGCAACCUAAGGAAGCGCCAAAGGAUGAACCGGAAGAGCGUACCUUGCAAAUGGGUAAGGGUAAGUUGAAAAAGGACGAAGAUCACCACGAAGAGGUAAAGCUAAAGAAAACACCAAGCAAGCCCAAAGAGGAAACUGAGGAAGAAGUAAAACCGAAGAAACAAGUUCAAGAAAAACCGAAAGAAGAAGAUUUGGACACUAAAAAACGAACUGUUGAGAAGCCGAAGUUUACACCAACCGAUAUUCCAGACUAUGAAACGCCUCUAGAGCCGUACGUAAAGGUGGAACCACAACCGGAAGAAUCACCGGUGCAGGAGCCAGAAAAACCGAAAGUUCCCAAAGAACCUAAGGUACCGGAAACUCCGGAAGAACCUGAGCACAAGAUUGUGCUGGGUAAGGGCAAGAAACCGGAGCCGGAACCAGAAGAAGAAUUCAAGUUCCGUAAACCGGUACCUUCUAAACCGGAGGAUGAAAAGGAAGAAAUUAAGCUGAAACCAUUUACAAAACCAACUCCCGACACAGAGCCUAAAGAGCGUGAAGGUGAUCGCGACAUGGCAUUGCCAGUUCCGAAAGAUUUGCCCGAUGAUGCAGAUACAGAAACAACCAAGAAAAAGGUUAUUAAGAAGGUCGUCAAAAAACCAAAGGCACCUGUCGAAGAACAGCCGCAACCUGAAGAACCAGUGCAAGUACAAGAAGCACCAGUGCCAGUUGAGGUAUCCGCUCCUGUAGUCGAAGAAGUCGUACCAAAACCUCUCGAAGAAAUAGAGAAACCCAAGGAGGUACAAGUGGAGCAGCCAAAAGAGAUGGUACUGCCACAACCUGCAGUGGAACAGACAGAGGUUCUUCCUGUACCUCAGGUACCAGAAGAGAAACCUAUCGAAACUGUACAAGAACCCGCACCGGAGAGUAAAGAAGAGAUUCCAGUGGAAGUGCAGGAGCAAAAAGAAAAGGUUGUCAAAAAGAAGGUUGUGAAAAAACCAAAGAAGAAACCGGAAGAAGAUGCCGAGCUGGAGCGUUUGUUGAACUUGGAGAUCGAAAAGACAGAGCUGGAGACGUAUGAAAAGAUUGACCUAGAGCCCAAACCGAAAGAAGCACCGGUCCUUGUUUCACAGCCGACUGUAGCGCCGAUAGAGGAAAAACCGGUCGUUGAAAAGCCGGUCGUGGCUCCAGUCGUUGAAAAGGCACAAAUUGUCGAAGAAGUACUUGUACCGGAGGAAGUGAGUGCUAUUGCACCGGUUGAGGUUAACAAGCCAACCGAACCGGUACAGAAACAAGUACCAGAGGAGGUUGUUACUGCUGUGCAGGAACCGGCGGUUACUGUUAAGACAGAUGUACCAAAGCCCAUUCCUGUGGAGGAAAAAGCGGUAGAAUUGCCAGUAGAGCCUGAAAGAAUUGAAGAGAAGAAACCAGUGGUCAAGAAGAAAGUUGUAAAGAAACCCAAGAAGGCUUCUAUUGAGGAUGAUGAACAGUUGCAGCGUCUGCUAAAUAUGGAAAUCGAAAAGACCGAGCUUGAAAAGUAUGAGAAAAUCGAUGUAGACAUUAAGAAGCCAGAAAAGACCGUUGAAACGGUUGAAGAACCUCGUAAAGCUCAGGUGGCUGAGCUUGAAGAACCAGAGCCGGUAGAGGUGACACUAAAGCCCAAGAAGACCGUUAAGAAGCCAGUAGAACCGGAACCAGUCGAGGCUGAGUUUAAGAUCACAAAGAAACCACGUUUACCCGAAGCCCCCCAGGAAGUGGAGGAACAAAUUAUUUUGAAGCCGUCACCACAGAAAUCGGAAGAAACGGUAAGUGUUGAGCGAAUCAUUAAGGUUGAAGUGGAACAACCAGAGGUUGUCGAACAACCGACCAUUGAAGAGGUCGAAGAAGACGAACCACAGCCUGUGGAAGAUCUAGAAACGGUGGAGCCUGUGGUUGAAGAACCGCUAGAAACGGAAGCCCCAGAAGAAGAAAUCGUGCCCGUUCAACCUUUGGUGGAAGAGGUACAUGACGUACAGCCGAUCAUAACAGACGCUGUCAUUGAGGCACCGUCAGAGGAACUCCCAACGGUGGUGGAGUCAGUACCAAUACAACCCAUUGUGGAAGAACCGCAACCGGUGACGCCACUGAGAAAAGUUUCACUCAAACCGGUUGAACCUCAGCCAGAAACGGUAGAAAAGAAACCGGCCGAAAAACCUAAAAAGAAGGUGGUUGUCGUGAAGAAAAAGAAGGCGAGCAUCGACGAUGACGCAGAGCUACAGCGGUUGUUGAAUCUGGAAAUUGAGAAAACCGACCUCGAACAGUACGAACGCGUCGAUGUGGAUCUACGCAAGCGCGAGAAGGUGAAGAUUGAAGACCAACCACAACCGCAACAAGCGGUUGAGUCGAUGGUCGAACCCGAAGACAGCGCACAGUUGAAAUUGCCUCGAAAGAAGAGCAAACCGAAGGUGGAAACGGUGGAGGAAACUGAGGUAGAGUUUAAGAUCAAACCCAAGAAACAACCGAUUGCAGAAGAGACGGUACAGGAAGCAACAGUAUCACUGAAGAAACCCAAACCGCCCGCUCCUGUUGUUGAGGAAACGGCAACGGAAGAAGUGAUUUUGUUGAAGCCAGCCGUUCCCCAAGCAGAAGAGGUGGAAGAUGUGGACGAAUCGAUUAAAGUGAAACCAAAACCAGCACCAUAUACCACCGAUGAAGCAGAAGCUUCUCUCAAGAUUGUGCGUGAAGCGGAACAACCCACCGCACCCGAGCCAGCGCAGCCGGAACCGGCCAAGGUGGAGGAGAAGAAACCGGAAAAACCAAAGAAGAAGGUUGUUCCGAAGAAAAAGAAGGAUGAUGAUGUUGAUGAGAUUACCAAGAAGCUCCUCGAGAUGGAGGUACCGAAAACGGAACUGGAAAAGUACGAAAAGAUCGAUCUAGACAUUGUGAAACCAGCAAAGGAAACGAUCGACGAGGUGACGAUGGUCAAACGCAAGCCCAAGGCAAAACCUUCGGUCGAGGAAGAGGAUGAGGUAGAGACAAAACUGUCCCUGCCCCGAAAGAAACCGUCCAUUGCGGAACCGGAGGAGGCUGAAGCUACGUUUAAGGUGGCACGAAAGCCCUCUAUACCGCAGCAGACCGAAGACGUGGAGGCAUCGAUCACGAUUACCAAGGAGGAGGAAGUACCGGCAGAGGAAGAGAUCACCGAGCACGUUGUGGUGCGCAAGCAGCGCCCGCGUCCUAAGCCCGCCUUCCGUCGCGAGGUGCUGGACGAGGAGGAGGUGCGCAUCAAGAAAAUCAAAAAGGUACGCCAACCGCGUCCAGUGUUCAAAGACAUUGAGCCAGAAAAUGUGACAUUCCGUCCGAAGCGCACCAAACACAUUGAGGACAUUGAGCAGGAGUUCAAGAUACAGCUUGAUUCGUACGCGCGCGAAGAAAUCUCCAUGUCCGGCCGCGUGAAGCUGCCGGCACCGUACAGUUACGGUGAGGAAACCGGCGAGGCGCACAUCACGAUCAUCAAGCAGGUGGAUGAAGAUGACGAGGUCGUGUAUGAGGUAAUUUACGAUGAUAGCGAGCAGGACAUGGAGGAAGAGUAUCACUACCAGGACGAAGACACCGAAAAUGUCGUGAUCGAGCUGCGCAGACGGCGCGAAAAGCUUGAGAAUUUGAUCAUGCAUCACGAGGAAGAAAUCUCAUUCGAUCUGACUCAACGCAACAGAUCACAGUUCACCACCACCACACACGAAGAAGAAUCAUUCACACUGAAACAGCCCAAGAAAGUCCUACCAACAUACUCUGAAGAAACGGCAUCGCUGAAAAUUGUUCGAGAAGAAGAUGCCAACGAUAUGUACUGCAUUCAAGCGGUAGAAGCCGAAAAUGAAGAAGCACUACACAUCGUGGAAGGAGAGAAAGUCUAUGUCAUCGAACACAGCAACUCCGAAUGGUGGUACGUGAAACGUUCCUGGUGUGAGGAGCGCGGUUUCGUCCGCCGGGAAUACCUGAUGGAUGCGGUCACCUAUCCGCAGUACGUACAGAAGACAUUGAACGAGAAGAUCGACAAGCUUCCGGUGUUCGAAAAGCCAGGCCCCGGUGAAAAACCGCUCGCUCCGAAAAUUAUUGAGAAGCUGCAACCAAUCACUACACAGGACGGCUAUACCGUGCAGUUUGAGUGCAAGGUCGAAGGAUUCCCGAGACCCUCGAUUACCUGGUUCCGUCAGACGGCUGUCAUAAAACCGUCGCAAGACUUCCAGAUAUACUACGACGAUGAUAACGUGGCUACACUGAUCAUUCGCGAAGUAUUCCCGGAGGAUGCAGGCACUUUUACGUGUGUCGCGAAGAACAAUGCCGGUUUUGCCUCCAGUGCGACCGAGCUGGUUGUCGACUCAUUCAGCUCGGACCAUGGUUCCGACGUUGCAACACUGUCACGCAAAAGCAUGUCUCGUGAGUCCUCGUUGGCAGACAUUCUAGAAGGCAUUCCGCCAACCUUCUCACGCAAACCGAAGGCACAGUACGUUGAUGCUGGAUCUGAUGUGCUGCUAGAGUGUCGUCUUGUCGCAGUACCGGAACCGGACAUUCUCUGGUACUACAACGGUGUGGAGAUUGAAAGCAAGGACAAUGUGCAGGUUGUGGUGGAGUCGGAUAUGCACAUGUACUGCACGGUGGUUCACAUCAAGGGUAUCGACAAGGUACAGGAAGGUUCGUAUCAGGUAGUCGCUCGUAACCGCGAAGGUGAGUCGUCUCUCGACAUUAUGGUGAAGGUGAAGACCGGUGUACAGGAACCGCCCCAGAUUUUGGAACCACUCAAAAGCAUGACGAUCCGCCAGGGUGAAACGGUAAUGCUGUCAACGCAGAUUGUCGGUAAUCCUGCACCGGAAGUACAGUGGUUCAAGAAUGGCGUUGCUCUGGACGUACCUACGCAAGCUGAUCGUAACAUUUACACUGUGACGCUAGUAGCACCGACACAUGACAAUGCAGGCGAGUACACGGUUCGGGCGAAGAAUCCUGCAGGAAGUGUCGAAACAAGUGCCUUCCUUACGGUGGACGAAUCGAACGUCGGUAACCCGCAGGCGCCACUAUUCUUAGAGCGUUUCGAAGAGCAGAGUGUACCGCAAGGAGGUACCAUUAAGCUUCCGGCACGAGUGACGGGUAAUCCGGUUCCGGAAAUUCUUUGGUUGCGCAACAACAACACAUUGCUGCCUUCCAAACGUGUGAAGCAGGCGUACGACGGCGAAAGCAUAGAGCUGCAGAUCAACAACGCAGACUCCGAACAGGACUCGGGUAACUAUAAGUGUAUUGCUUCCAAUACGAUAGGCAAGGCAUCGCAUGGUGCACGAGUCACAGUGGAGGUAGACAAGGUUACCUUCACGAAGAAGCUCAAGAAAACGAUCACGGUGGAGGAAAGCAAGGCCGUCACACUGGAGUGCGAGACUUCGCAUACCGUCUCCACCAAGUGGUACCACAACGGCAAGGAGCUUAGCGGUAUGGAUCAUCGUAUGAUUGUGCAGGAGGGUAAAGUGCACAAGCUAAACAUCAAAAACCCGACCAUCAACGAUACGGGUGUGUACCGAUGCACGGUCAAGGAUCAGCAGACCGAGAGCAAUCUGACAGUCAUCGAGGCUAAGCCUGAGUUUCUACGUAAGCUCGAAGAUGUCGAAACGAAGGAGAAGGAACACGCCGUUUUGGAGGUUGAGAUUACCUCCGAGACUGCAGACGUUACCUGGUACAAGGAGGGUCGCAAGCUGGUUGAAACCACUGGCAAGUACGAGUUCACCAAGAAGGGUAAAUCGCGCGUCCUAUUUGUGCGUAACACGUCUGUCCAUGACGAAGGCGAGUACACCUGUGCACUUGCCGAUCAGGAAUGUUCGGCGGAAGUGUCCAUUAUUGAGCUUCCACCAGAGAUCAUCAGUGCACCACGCGAUGUAACCGUGGCACGAGGUGAAGAUGCCAUCUUUGAGCUAGAGCUUACCAAGGGAGAUGCUCUGGUUCGUUGGUAUCGCAACGAAGAUGAACUGUCGUUCAAUGGACACGUGCAGCUGACGAUCGACGGUAAGCGUCAAACGCUUAAAAUUAACAAGACGGUCGAUGCGGAUGCUGGCGAGUACACGUGCGUGGUUGGUGAACAGCGGGCCAAGGCUCGGUUGACGGUCGAGAAACCGGUUGUCGAUUUUGUGCGACGCCUGCCAGAGGUAACUCUGACUACGCGAGACAACGAUGCCGUAUUCACGGUGGAACUCUCCGAGUCAGCCGAUGUCGUGUGGUAUCGCAACAGCAAAGUCAUUACUGCCUCCAGCAAGUACGAGCUGAUUGUCGAGAAGUGCAUUCGCAAACUGAUCGUGAAAAACACUGUCGAGGAUGAUGAGGAUGAGUACACGUGUGCCGUGUCGAAUGCGAAAACGGCUUCGAAACUGAAGGUCGAAAUCAUCAAGGUGGCACCCACAAUCUUCGAGGAUGGUCCCCGUGCGUUCACUAUCCGCAAGGAUGAAGACGUGACAUUCAGCGUUAAGUUUAACGCCACGCCAAAGCCCGAAGCAGAGUGGCGCGUCAACAAGCGAGUCAUCAUUCCGUCGGCUAAGUUCGUCUCGACUGUCACAGAAGAGACCGCCAGCUUGACCAUCAAGCGUGCAGCUGAAGUCGAUGCUGGAGAGUUCACUUUGAAACUCACCAACGAGUGUGGUGAUGCGAGCGCUUCAUUUACGCUCGUAAUUAAAAAACAACCGGGAGCACCAGAAGCACCGGAAGCAACUCUCAUAACGGAUGACUCUAUCACACUGUUCUGGAAGGCACCGAGCGACGAUGGCAACAGCCCUAUCUCACAAUACGUGCUUGAAUACCAGGAGAAGAACCAGCAGAAGUGGACGGAAAUUACAAGCAUCACCGAAACGACUACGACCGUGACAAAACUGACGAAGAAUUCCGAGUACACAUUCCGUGCCACAGCCGUCAACGAGGUGGGCAAGGGUCCGGCAUCGCCGAAUUCGCCCUACUACAAGAUUGUGGCACCGAUUCAGAAGGAAGCGCCGACGGUAAGCGAACACCUGAAGGAUGUACACGUCGGACUCGGACAGACGGUCACACUGAGCUGUAUCGUGACUGGAGUACCCGUACCGGAUGUCGCCUGGUUCCGUAAUGGACAACCGCUCAAGCAAGAUGUCGUAUCGUACGAGAACGGUUCGGCUAAAUAUCAGAUCAAAUCCACCACUGUCGAUAGUGGCGCCAAGUACACGUGCCGUGCGACAAACGAGGUGGGCAGCGUCGACAGCAACUGUCAGGUGGUGAUCGAAGAAAAGCCAACGCUGACGGUGGAGAAGAAGCAGAUUGUGCAGAAGCUGCGUGUGGGCGACGAAUGGAAGGUGAUUGCCGAAUUUACUGGCUAUCCAGCUCCGGAGCUGAUCUGGCACCGGGAGGAUGAGCAGCUUACAUCCACGGCAGAACACACAAUUGUUACCGUCGGUCAAUCAUCGACGAUUGUAAUCUCUUCGCUCGAUCGGACACACACGGGCAAGUAUACGGUGGAGGCACGCAAUUCCGCCGGAUCGGCUACGGUCGAGCUAACGCUGAAGGUGAUCGACAAACCGAGCAAACCGGAAGGACCUAUUGUGGUGCGUGAACUCAGCCCCGAGGCAGUCGUUAUCGAGUGGAAGCCUCCAUCCGAUGAUGGUGGUCUAGAGAUUUCACAAUUCACCAUCGAAAAGUGUGACGACGCUAACAAGAACGCCUGGAUCAAGGUGGCGGACGUGCAGCGUAACAUCAAGUCAUACUGCAUCCAGAAGCUGAUCGAUAGCACGCAAUACCAUUUCCGUGUGAUUGCCCAGAACCCGGUCGGAUGUUCGGAACCGCUGGAAAGUGCUACGGUAAAGAUCCAGCAGACGGUUGAGCCGCCAUCGCCGCCGCGCGGUCCUAUUGAAACGUCCGGCAUGACGAGCAGCUCGUUUACGCUCAUGUGGCAACCGUCCGAGUCGAACGGUGGCAGCAAGAUCACGGAGUACGUCGUGGAGGUAAAGGAGGCGAAGAAGAAGGUGUGGAAGGUGGCUGGAACGUCCAGCGCCUCGGAAACGUCACUGCUGAUCGAGAAUCUCGCCAUGAACAAGGCGUACGACUUUAAGAUCACCGCCAAGAAUAAGGUUGGAUCGAGUGAGCCACUCCAGACGGUAGAAUCCAUCGUAGCCGGAAAGGAAAUUACUCCACCAUCUGCACCACGAAAUCUGCGCAUCACGAACGUGACCAGCAAGAGCGUGAAGCUCGAAUGGCAGCAACCGGAAACGAACGGAGGCUCGGACGUGACCGGCUACAUCAUCGAGAAGCGCCUGACAACCGCACAGCAGUGGACCAAGAUCAAGACGCUCGAGUCCAACUGUCUGUCGUACUGUGUGGACAACAUGAAGGAAAAGACCGAACUGUUGUUCAGGAUAUUUGCCGAGAAUGCGGUCGGACUUAGUGCACCGACGGUGUCGGAGAGUGUUGUGCUGAAGACACAUGCCACUGUUCCGUCUCCACCAACUGGUCCGCUAGAGGUGCGGUACCUGGGACCCAACAUUAACAUCGUCGAGUGGGGCAUUCCAGAGUCGGACGGUGGUGCACCGAUCGAGGGCUACAACAUCGCCAUCCGGAACGCGAAGAAGACGAUGUGGAUGGAGGUGGGUCGCGUUGCGGCUGACUGUCAGUCGUUCAACAUCAAGGAUCUGCAGGAAAGUGAAGACUAUCUUAUUCGCAUCAUGGCAAGGAAUGAGGUCGGUAUCAGUGACCCACUGGAAUCGGAAGAACCGUACACGGUGCAGCUUGGCGCUGCUCCGGACGAUGUGCACGAUGAAACGACGAGAGACUUCUCGGAGCCUACCGGCACCAACACCUCAUCCUGGCUGCGGGAACACAACAUGACGGCGGACAUCAACAGUUACGCCCGCCAUAAGCUGCUGAGGAGAAGCGAAUAUUUCUUCAAGCUGUGGGUCAACGCUAAGAAUCUGUUCAAGUAGAGCGAUUUACUCGCACCCCAAAAACCAAUCGUCAGCUUCCGCGUGCAAGACGCUGACGUAGAUGUAUAUUGCUUCUAAACCUAGACGUCAAAUUUUUGGUGAAAUGAGAUACAAUCACUAAGCUAGCAAUUUUGUUCCAUGCUUCUGGUGGGAUCGUUCGAGUUAAACGCUAUGUGUAUGUGUAAAUGUUGCUCAAACCGAAGAUGUCUAUAAACGAACGUCCUAUGCUUCCCCUUCUGUGUCCCAGGCCCGAAACAAUAAGCAAUCCAAAGAAAAAAGGGCCCGGAAGAAAAAACUGUAAGAAUCUUCAUGGAACUGUGAUAAAAAAAGAGCAAGCCAGCAACAUCAGUAAAUCUAUCGGUAGAAUCAAUGCCAGAACGGAGGACAAAGGUACUAUCGCCCGAAAUAUGCAAAAGCAGCGAAAGUAGAUGAAGAGGCACACGCACAACCCGAAACAGUGUCACCUAUAUCCACUAUCCCCGGUGGUGGUCACUGUUAGCAGGUUGUCUGGUGGCCUACCAUAAUCGUAUAAAUGUAAAUUAUUAGAGCAAAAUCCAACACUCGACUAAUGCGUCGGUACGACCCCGACAACGACACGCAGCAAUACGACAGGGCAACCGCAGGAUCUAUCUGCUGCCUGGCUGCGUUGGAACAUUUGUACUGCUACUCUAGCUAGAAGAUGGAAACGUACGCAAUGUGGACGCCACAUAUUCAGUUGCCAUGUCCGAAGGGCGACAACAUUGGUGCGAAUGUUGUCCCUCAUCGGGCAGGUAGGAAUUGGGCCGUGCCAGAUUAAAAGAAAAAAGAAAAAGCUAGCGAAUCAGCGAUGGAGUAGCAAACCAAACGAGAGAAAAAAACAAAUACUUUCUUUAUCAAUUUAUCUAUGAUCUUUGUUGAAUUCUAUAAACGACUAGCAAGAGAGACGAGUGACACAAGAAGCAAAUAAGCGAAAGAGAGAGAUACUUUAUUUAAAUGAAUGUUUUCUAUUCUGUCAUGUUUAUAUUUUCUUUCAAAAAAAACCAAAGCAAAAGCAUUAGCAUGUUGAAACGAUUUUUUACACUGUGUGUUGAAUAAAAUACAAUUUUUAAAAGCUAUUAUUCGAAA